GUUUUCCGAACCGGACUGCAGUUUUGUUGAUCCCUUUCCUCUCCAAGGGAAAAAGCACUUGACAAAGUCGCAACUCCGAUUCUGAGGAUGGCCGUUAGGUCCAGUUCGGUGGAAAUUCCCGGCGGGCCCUGCUGGAAGUAAUUGCCGCUGCGCCGUGUUUUGUACUUGAGCUCUUAGCUAAAGCCCCGAGGCCUCCGUUUCCUUCAGUGCUCUCGGUGGUUCUUCAGAUCCACGCAGUUUCGUGGCUGAAGGUACAAUAAUUGGAAGUUAUGGAUGAUAAGCCCAAUCCUGAAACCCAGAGUGAGAAUUCAAAACUUCUCUUCUCCUUUGGAGUCAUAGCAGAUAUUCAAUAUGCUGAUUUAGAAGAUGGCUAUAAUUUUUAUGGAAAUAGGCGGAGAUACUAUAGACAUAGUGUUCUUCACUUAAAGAAUGCUAUUGAAGACUGGAAUAAAGAAAGCAAUACACCAUGUUGUGUACUUCAGCUUGGUGACAUCAUUGAUGGAUAUAACGCACAGUUUAAAACAGCAGAAAAGUCACUAGAACUUGUUAUGAACAUAUUCCAAAUGCUUAAAGUCCCUGUUCACCAUAUAUGGGGAAAUCAUGAAUUCUAUAACUUCAGCAGAGACUAUUUAACGAACUCUAAACUUAACACAAAAUUUCUAGAAGACCAGAUUGUACAUCAUCCUGAAACUGUACCCUCAGAGAAUUAUUAUGCUUAUCAUUUUGUACCAUUCCCAAAAUUCCGGUUUAUUUUACUGGAUGGCUAUGAUUUGAGUGUUCUGGGUGUGGAGCAGUCUUCUCCAAAGUACCAGCAGAGUCUGAAGAUAUUGAAGGAGCACAAUCCAAAUACGGAAUUAAAUAAUCCUCAAGGACUUUCUGAGCCUCAGUUUGUCCAGUUUAAUGGUGGAUUUAGCCAGGAGCAGCUGAAGUGGUUGGAUGAAGUUCUUACAUACUCUGACACAAAACAAGAAAAAGUAGUGAUUGUCAGCCAUAUUCCCAUUUAUCCAGAGGCCUCUGAUAGUGUGUGCCUGGCCUGGAAUUAUAGAGAUGCCCUAGCAGUGAUUUGGUCUCACAGAUCUGUGGUGUGUUUCUUUGCCGGUCAUACUCAUGAUGGUGGCUACUCAGUGGAUCCUUUUGGUGUGCACCAUGUCAAUUUAGAAGGGAUUAUUGAAACCGCUCCAGAAAGUCAGGCUUUUGGUACAGUUCUUGUCUAUCCUGAUAAAAUGAUAUUAAAAGGGAAAGGUAGGGUUCAAGACAGAAUAAUGAAUUAUAAGAAAGAAAAUGAUUUUAACCUUAUUUUUCAGUAAUCUUUUUAUAUAAUAAAAUGUAUAUCAUGUGAAUUAGCUUGUAUUCUGAAAUGGCAUUUUUGAUAAUAUAUCCAAUACUGAAAUUUAGAAACAAAAUGAAUGAAAGUGGGAUGAAUGAAUUAGCAAGGAAGGAGACUGUGAAGUGGGAAUGAAGACCAUUAAAAUUAACUUUCUUACCUGAAAGUUGUUAACUUUUUAUAAGGAGAAUAUAUUGAUGUAUUAGUUUUAAAUUUAAAAUUCUUAAUAAAAUUGAAAUAAAAUAAA